AUGAUGAAAUUAAUUCGUCUCAAUAAAGGAAUAAAAACGAACACAACAAAAUUUUAUUAUCUAAAGAUGGGUACUGAAAAAAUAACAGUUCAUGUUGAUGGUCGAGAUCGACCACCUUUAGUUCCAUCCACACGUUUUACAUUAGCAUUAUUGGUCUUUUUUGCUUUUAUUGUCCAAUAUAGUCAACGUGUGAAUCUACCAAUUGCUAUUGUAUGUAUGGUUAAUCGUACAAAACCAAUACAACAUAAUUUAGCACAUCGUGAAACAAUAGAAUUACCAGAUGAUAUAUCAGAAAAUACUUUUCCUUUACCUACAACAGAGCUGACUCAUAUUUCUAUAGAAAAAGGAGGCAUUUUUCAGGAAAAACAAUUUUAUUGGACCGAAUUACAACAACAACUUCUUCUAGGUGGAUAUUGGGCUGGUUAUAUAUUCACACAAGUACCAGGUGGAUGGUUUGCAACAAGUAUAGGUGCAAAAUGGGUUUAUGCAGUUUCUUUAGGAACCAGUUCAUUAGCUACUUUAGCAUUAACAUUGAUGUAUAUGAUGUCCAAUACACAUUUUGCUUUGGCAUUUGUUCUUCGAUUUAUAACUGGUCUUGCACAUGGUGUACUUUUUCCAGCAACAAUCGCUCUUUGGUCAGUAUGGGCUGCUCCACAAGAACGAAGUACACUUGCAUCAAUUGGAUUUUCUGGUACACAUCUUGGAACAUCUUUAACAAUGCUUAUUGGUGGAAUACUUUGUCGUUAUUUCUAUGCCGGAUGGAUAUAUCUAUUGGUUAUUACAAGUGUUCUUGGUUUUAUAUGGCUUGUAUUAUGGGUUAUAUUAACAGCAAAUUCACCAUAUGUUCAUAAAGGAAUUAGUAAACAUGAACGAGAUUAUAUAUGUCGUUUAACAGGUAAUACCGGAACGAGACGUCUGACGUCAUUAACAUCAUUACCAUGGAAAAAAAUUAUAAAAUCAAAAGCAGUGAUUGCUUUAAUGAUAUCACAUAUUACAAAUUUGUUUGGUUUAUUUUUCUUUUUAACAAAUUUUGCUAAAAUUUCAAAUGAACUUUUACGUAUUUCACCACAAGAUACUGGUUAUAUAUUAUGCUUAGGAUAUUUUUUAACAUUAUUAGGUAGUUUAUCGUCAGGUUUUACAGCUGAUCAUCUCGUUCGAGCAAAUAAGAUAACAUUAACAACUGCAAGAAAAAUCUUUAAUUCUUUAACAUCAUUUAUACCUGUUGUAUGUAUGAUAUCUUUUUAUUUUUGUGAUCAAUCACAACAAAUGUUAGGUGUUAUUACUAUUCUGGUCUAUCUUGCUAGUACUGGUUUUGCUUUUGGUAGUGGUUAUGUAGUCAAUUUUGCGGAUAUUGCUCCAGCUUUUUCCGGUAUUAUAUUUGGUCUUGCUAAUACAUUUGCAUCAUUAGCUGGUUUAAUUGGAAAUAUAGUUGCAGGAUUAGUUGUUAAAAAACCAGUUUUAGAACAAUGGAGAAAAUUAUAUAUUAUGUUUGGUAUUUGUUAUUUCAUUGGUGGUCUUGUCUUUCUUAUAUAUGGUUCGGCUAUACCGAGAAAAUGGGCGACAUUUCAAGCUAUGAGCAAUAAUGCUAAACAAGAAAAAAAAUUAAAUAAUGAAGAAAUAAUACCAAUGAACGAAAAAAUUUAA